AUGGCUUCUGCGGGAACAUUCGGUCACGAGGCAGAGCUGCCACGGUUGCCGCUACCGGCUGUGUCGGAUACGCUGGCGCAUCUGAAGAAGUCGUUGGAACCACUUUACUAUGCGGAUGGGUACUACAAGCACCCGCUGGAUCCCGUACAGUUGCAACGUCUGGAGGACGUUUUGAAACAGUUUGCCAACUCGGAAGUGGUUGGCAAACUGCAGGACAAAUUGAAACAGUUCCAAGUGGAGAAUAUGUCCUAUUUGGACGAUUUGCAUUUGGACGUCAACAACCAAACUGCCACAAGGGACAUCCAGGACGAUUUGCUUCCAAGAAACCCGUUUUUGAUCUUGGCAGAUGAUGCGACACCAGAUAUUUCUCAAGUGGAUAGAUCUGCCGUGUUGGUUCAUUCCGCACUGAGAUUUAUCUCCGCUUUGAGGAAAAACCAAUUGCCCCCAGAUGUCAACUCAAAGACCGGUCAGUACUUGACUAUGUACCCUUAUUUGAAUCUGUUCGGUACCACACGGUGCCCAGUGUUUGAAGAUGGAGAAGUGGAGAAUUUUGACCUUAAUAAACCGUUCACUGCAUCCGACCUAGAUGAAUUUUUGAGUGAAAGUGAGGAGGAAGAGUUGCAAAGGGCAUCCGAGCAACGUUCAAACGAUGCAAGUGCGGGUGACAAUAACACUGAUGACGAUGCUAUCAUUGGGCAUGGUAUUAAGAUGGGGAAAUAUUCCGAUUCGGGCCACAUUUUGAUUAUCUCGAGGGGACAAUACUACACCAUGGACGUCCUAGACGAAAAUAACGACAUUAUUUGCAAACCUGCGGACUUAUCCAAAUUCAUUAGCUACGUCUUGCACGAUUCUGAGACUGCGUACAAUAUGCAACAGGCAUCUACGGCCCUGGGAUCCCUAACGUCACAUUCUUUCAAAAAUUGGAAGUAUGCAAGAAAGAGACUUCAAAAACGUUACCCACAGGAACUACACUUGAUCGAUUCUGCCCUCUUUGUCCUCGUGCUAGACGAAUCUACAGAAAAAAUCGAACCGAACUUCAAUAACGUCUACACCACCAAUAACGACUACGUUCCUGAAUUCGACCAAGAGAGAUCCGCCAACUGUAAGAGAGUUCUGUACGGUACCUCCAUCAUCGACCAAAAGGGUCACCAGGUUGGGUCAUGUGUGUCACGAUGGUUCGACAAACUACAAUUGGUUGUUACCGCGGAUUCUAAAGCUGCCGUAAUUUGGGAUUCCUUUACUUGUGACGGUUCCGUUGUUUUGAGAUUUGCAUCAGAGAUGUACACAGAAUCUGUGCUCAGAUUAGCUAAGGAGGUCAAUGCGAAUGAUUCGGAUUUCUCCCUGUGGUCAGACGUCAAGCAGACAAAACUACCGAUAUACGAGAAUUACAGCAAGUUAGACCCUCAAGCUGUGGUACGCAAGAUCGAUUGGUCCUUCAGCAACAUUUUAAACACGCAUGUGCAUUUAUCAGAGACAAAACUGGCUGAUCUGAUCUCCAAGUACGAUAUCGUUCGUGUGUCACUACCAAUGGGUCGCAGAUCCGCUCAAAGACUAGGUAUCAAGCCUGACUCAAUGAUACAAGUUGCUUUGCAAGUCGCACACUACGCCCUGUACGGACAAAUGAUCUUUGCGUUGGAACCAAUCUCCACAAGGGCUUUCAAAAACUCAAGAUCAUCGUUCAUCAAUAUUCAGAACCAAGAUUUGCUAGAACUCUGCCAGCUAUUCAUCUCUUCCUCUAUUGACGGGCCCGGUAAACUGGACAAAUUCAUCCAAACAUGCGAGAAGCACAACGCAAGUGUGAAGAGCGCCAAAAGCGGUGCUGGGUACGAGAAGCAUUUGAACGCACUACAGUACCUGUUCAGAUUUCACAAAGAGUUUGGGAUAGACCUCGACGAUUACGAUAAGAGUAUUGCCACUGAGUUAUUUGAUAGCUCUCUGAUCGAGCCGUUUUUACAACCGGAACUGAUUGCCGCUAACUGCGGUAAUGCCGCUACUACCACUUUUGGGAUCACGCCAGCAGUCCCACAAGGUUUCGGUGUAGGCUACAUCAUCAAGGAUGACCAAACAGACUUGACGGUGACUUCCCAGUUCAGACAGGGGAAGAGACUUAUGUUCAUGUUAAAUUGGGUGUUAAAAGAAAUCAAGGCUUACUGGAGAGCCGCAAGACAUACCGCACACAACAAGAAUGGUGUUAAGAUUAGUCCCAUCGUGGACAAGAUUUACGAGAUGGAUAACGCGUUAAAGAAGGAAUCUGAAGAUACUAGGAAGAGCAGGUCCAAAGUCAAGUCAAGCAGUCACUCCUUCCUUGGCUUCGAUUACUUCGAUAUGGAUGCACAAUCACGCAGUGCAUCGCAAACCCCAAGAAGGGCUAGAGAGACAAUGGAUAACAGUAGUCACAAACUGUCCCUGAAACUGGCAGAGUUAGCAAUGACGAGCAACAGUGGGCUAGCAAGUCACUCACCCAUCUCAGUCCCCACUGAAAACGAGAAAUUGCACACUGGGCAUCAAAUUGCAAAAUUACAACCAGUUAGCAUAACUGAGACUCCAGAGGAAACGGAUUCAGGAAACACCAGUCCGCAGUCCUUCUCCAGACCAGAAUCCAAGAGGCCCACAAACGUCAUUAGCUCCAAAUUUGAAAUCAACUUUGAUCGUUCGGACGUUGGUCGUAAAGUAUUCUCCUUUGAGUGA